AUGGCUUCGCAGGAGUCUCUGGAGGCAGCGGUGGAGAUACUCCACAACAUGCAGCGCACUCGGAAGAACGUCAAGGCGGUCGUCAUGCACUUGGAGGGCGUGCCGGGACCGGCAAACUUGCAUAGCUACGCACUCGCAAGCGGUGCCUUCCUUGUGGGACUGCGAGCUAUCAGUGUACCAGUCAUCUUGGCAGCUUGGGGAAGGAUCUCAGGGCCAUCAUGGAACCUGGCUUUGGCUUGCGAUUAUCGCAUCGCUGCUUUGGAUGCAGAUUUCGUGCUGCCCAUCAUUUCGCCGCCGGAAUGUCUCGGAGAGCUUGUGGGGCAAGCCGUUGCAGCUCAACUGUCCAUCAGCAGCGGCACUUUGGACUCACAGGGCUUGCAGGAGCUUGGCAUUCUGAACCAGGUCAGACCCAGCAAAGAUGAGGCUUGCCGCGCUGCAAGCGAGUUGGGCAAGAGGAUUGCUGGAUUUCCAGGUAUAGCCUGCCGCCAGACUAUGAGUCUUUUGAGCGUGCCCCCUGUACGAUAUGUUUCUGUCGGAGCAAGCAAAUUGCCUGACCCGGACCUCUUCGCAUAG